ACACUUGAAAUUCAAUCUCAAUCCCAUGAGACAUUACGUGUAUUCGAUAAUAUCAAAUAUUGACAAAUCUAAUACUGUAUUCGAUAUAUCCCAAAUACACGUACCAAACUUCCAACCCUACACGCAACCAGCCAAACUUUACCCAUUCAUUUUAAUUAGGCUUAAUUCACUUGCAUAGCCAUAACUUUCACGAUUUUGAAAAAUACACAGAUAUAGCCACAUUUUGAAAACUCGUUUGACAUAAUCAGCCAUUUCCGUUAAAAGUUUUAACACCGUUAACAUGACACUAGUGUGGAUGGCACCUGAGCUCCCACAUCAGCUCCAACACACCAAAUCAUGCCACUAAUCUGCCACAUCAUAUUUAAAUUAAAAUAAAAAUUUAUCUUUCUUUUUUCACUUUCCUUCUCGGGCUCUCCUUCUUCUUCCAUCUCGUCCCUUCCCCAUCGUCCCCCUUCGGCGUCGCCGGAGCUUCUCCCCAGCACUCAAAUCAAUUCUAAAGCUUCGCUAAGGUGAUCUCUUGAUAACCUCAAUAAAUCUUAAUUGAUCUCCAAAUAUCCAUCCCAUUCCCGAUUUUGACAAGUUUGAAAUUGGGUUCGUCUCCGACUUUGUUCAUCUUUCCCCCUUUUCUUCCUGCAGAAGAAGCUUGAUGAAGAUGAGCAGCCCAUGGAAGGUCUACGGUGUAGCUCGCUGCCCUUACCCCAAUUGGAACUCCGGCCACCCAAUCGAAUACAUCUAGUGCGACUGCUCCAACGCCGAAUCAAAAUCUCCGCCCUUUCCGACGCACUCACAUCUUUCCUAAAUCCCCGAUAUGUUCUUCUCUAUUGUCGAUGUCGCUGCCGCCGUUCUCCCCAACCUCAUUCUCUCUCGUAUCUCCCUCCUCCUCCCCUCGCUCUCCAACUCCUCAUCCCCACCACUAAUACGGCUAUGGCCACCACCAAAACCGUCGCCAGCAUUUGUAUUUUCCUCCUUCUCUUCCUUCCCAGACCCUAAUCUUAGGAUCCGACCGCCCAUACUAGUAGCAACAUCUCAAAAUUGGGGAGAGGGAUAGACAACUUGGGGGAGAGGGAAAGGAGCAGAGUCAUUAGAGAGGGCGACAAGUAAAUUAGGUGGAUGAGGGAUUGGUUGGGCGGGUUGGCUCUCACUCUAUCUUGAAUCGAUCUCUCGAAACCCCAUCUUUCCAAUUCUCCGAAUAUCCCUAUGAUGGCUCUGAUUUACUCUGUUCUGGGUUCUUGUUUCUCGUUAGUGUGAUUCAGGGGAAGCUCGACAGGAUAGGGUAAAUCGGUUGUGAGAGGAUGCGAUUUGAUAUUUUGGGGUUUCCAAUGACCAUUGAAAGAAUUAGAGAACCAGAUUCAUGUCGUCGUUCCUCCUCCUCCUCCUCCUUCAAAUUUGCUGACGAUGACGGCGGAGAGGAAGAAACGAGAAAGAAAACCAGGAGGAGAGAAGGGUAUUGCGAGGAAAGUGAUUGGUUUUUCUCUCCCUUUUUUACUUUUAUUUUUAAUUUAUUUAUUCAUUAAUUAAAAAACAAUAUGAAUGUUUUUCAAGUGGCAAGGACGCAAAUUAAAACACGUCACAUCAACCGCUGCCGUUAGUCCAGUUAACGGGUUAAGUGAACCGUUAAAGAAUUGGAUAAAAUUGGUUAUGUCUUUGUAUUUUUCAAAAAGUGACUAUAUUUAUCAAAAUCGUGAAAGUUAUGACUAUGUAAGUGAAUUAAGCCUUUUAAUUAAUUAAUUUUACAAAUGAUUGUUUUAUCCUUCAGGUCUAUCAUGCAUUAUAAACUUUGGCAUUAACCUUCACUAAUUGGAAACAAAACCCAAAAAGAGAGGGGAAAGCACUAAACAAACAAACAAACACAUUAUGGAGAAAAUCUCAACCGGAUUGCGGAUUUGGAAUCACCCAUUAACGCGGCUCUUCCUUGGUUCCUUUCUUCUCUGGAAAUUCUUUUUUUCUUUUCAUCUCCUUUUGCAGCUAACCCAACCAAUAAAGCACAUUUCUUUCCUUCUUUUCCUGCAUAAUUCGGUUUCCAGCCUCCAUUUUCCUUCUCCUCUGCCCUUUUGCCACUCAUCGCAGAGCCCGCUCCAUCUGUAUCUCUCCUCUGUACUUCCCCCUUCUCUGCCUCUCUCUCUCUGUAUAAUUCAGCUGUAUCCGUAGGCUCGUAAAGCUGUAAGCUUUUUAUCGUAUUUAUUAAUUUUUCUCUGGUUUUUAUUGUUCUCCCGUUUAAGGGUUUUCAAAGUUUAUUAGCUUUGAAUUACCCUUUGAAUGAUUCAACCCCAAAAGGGUGAAAGAUGAAAAUUUACCCUUUUUCGGCGUAUUUUGGAGCUUGGAUUCGGCAGACAAGGAAGCGAGUUUAAUUGCGGCCAGCUGAGGGAGCUGAUUUCCUUCCUGAUUUGGGUUUUAUGUGGAAUUUUUGGGAUUUGGUAUGGGACUAAAGAAAUUGGUAGGUUAGGUUUCAAGUUUCGAUCGUGUUGCUCAAUUUGAGUGGAAUCGAAGGCAAAAACAAGUCAUUUGAAAGGUAGCUUGGAAGGAGAUUUAAUUUUUCUCUCCUUUUGGGCGAAUCUCCAGGAUUUUGUUUCCGUGAUAGGAUUGCAUGUGUUGAAUUAGGGAAUCCCUGAUGAUAGAAGUUGAAUGAAAUCGAAGGUUUUUUGUGGGUAGGUUUGGCAUAAUUUAGAGCUGAUAGAGGCAGUUUUUAGGAAUUUGGUGGGUGAUUGUGGGUUGAGAGGUAGAUGGGAAAGGGUGGGAAAAUUACUGGUAAAAGGAGUUUCAAGAAGAGAGUUAGAUCGGACGACGAGGUUUCUGAUGAUUCGGAUGAGGAUUAUGUGAUUGAGUAUGAGGGGAAUGAAUCGGAGGAGUAUGCUAGCUCUUUAGAAGGGUUCUCAUCAGAAGAUGAGGAAGAACUGGCGAAAGCAUGUAGAAGGACUGUUCGAUCCAAUAAUGGGAAAAUCGGAGCACGAAAGAGGAGUCAGAUUUCAUAUGAAGAAGAUGAAGACAAAGAUGAAGAUUAUGUUAUUGGCGAUGAUGAUGACGUGGAUGCUGAUGACGACUAUGAUGGUAAGGAUGACGAAUUAGCAUUGUGUGAAGAAGAAGAAGAAGAAGAAGAAGAAGAAGAAGAAGAAGAAGAAGAAGAAGAAGAAGAAGAAGAUGAUGAUGAUGAUUGUUUGGAUGAGGAUGACGAACUAAUCUCGAAAAAGAAGAAGAGUAGUAAGGUGAACAAGAUGGUCAAGAGGACUAGAAAAAAAGGGAGUGCUACAAGAAUGAAAUCAACACCGCUGCAUCGGUCUAUUGCCAAGAAGGGCAGAAAGAAGAAGCGUCGAUUGAGGAAGAAAAUGAGGAGCGAUGAUGAUGAUGACGUGAAUUUCACCGACUGCAACUCAGCUGCCAGGGAGAAAAAGAGCAAGAGAACUUCGAGGAAAAUGAAGUACACCGUGAAUUCUGAUUCGGAUUUUGGGGCAUCUGGAUCUGAACCAGAGUACACGAUCUCUGAAGAGGAGAGAGAACAGGUGAGAGAAGCUGAGAAGAUAUUCGGAGGAGAAAUGAAGAAGACUAGUUUGAGGAGUUCAUCAUUAUCCUCUGUAAAAACAAAUGAAGAGGAGCAUGAUAAUCAAGAUUUAAUGGCGAAGAAGGGGAAAGAGAAGGUGGAGGAAUCCAAAAAACUCGAGGUAGUUGCAAAGCAAGUCUGCGGAGUCUGUCUCACAGAAGAGGAUAAAAGAAGAUUAAGAGGAACUCUAGACUGCUGCAGCCAUUACUUCUGCUUCAAGUGCAUCAUGGAGUGGUCAAAGGUCGAAUCUCGUUGCCCCUUGUGCAAGCAAAGGUUUACGACAAUCACCAAGAGUGGGAGAUUAUCUCUUGGAGUUGAUAUGAGAAGCGAGGUCAUAGAAGUCCCCAUGCGUGAUCAGGUGUAUCAACCAACUGAAGAGGAAAUUCGAAGCUUCAUUGAUCCGUAUGAGAGUGUUAUUUGCGCAGAAUGCCAUGAAGGUGGAGAUGAUGCUCUCAUGCUGCUGUGCGACCUCUGUGAUUCGCCAGCUCAUACCUACUGCGUCGGUCUAGGGCGGCAAGUGCCCGAGGGAAACUGGUACUGUGAAGGUUGUAAGCCUGUUGCUCUUGGUACCUCUAGUUCCCAGGCUCAGGACACCUUUCCACCUGAUCAAAGAGCAGUGGUCAACAGGUUCAAUAGACUACCAAUUCCAUCGGGCAACAGGUUUAAUAUACCAAGGCCAAUGAACAACAGGUUUAGUAGACCAGAAACUCUCAGUGCACAAGACAGAUUGCUUCCGAGUUCGGCAACUUCAUCAAACGUGACGUUUAGUAGACCAAUGGCAAUGAGCAACACAAUUAGCAGACCAAUGACAAUGAGCAACCAAAUCAAUGGACAGAUGCCUAUGAGCAACCAGUUAAACAGACAGGAGACUCUCAGUUUAGAAGACAGAAUGCUGAUGAGCUCGGAACUUCCAUCACAUUCGACGUUCCGUCACCUGAUAUCUCCAGUGGUGGCUUCUUCUCCAGGAACAGGUGCAUCGACACUCUGGGGAAGACGCGAGAUUCAACGACGCAUCCAGAGCCUUCUGUCUAGCAGAAUGGAAGCAAUGCCAGUCCCCAAUUCUCAGUCUCAGCACAGGGAAAUGCCAGUUCAACCGACUAACAACUUCAAUCCGGCUUACUUGAGCAACAGGUAUAAUAGACUACCACAGAACGAAUGGAGAGAAACAAUUGAGGAGCCUUCGAAUUUUGUAGCCAGCGAGCAGCCUGUGAGUUUGGCAUUAUGGUCUAGAGAAGAUACACAUACAAAUCUGGUUCAUGGCAAUUUGGCCUCCUAUGGAGGUGACAGUCAAUUCUAUGUUUUGAAGGAGCACCUACAAUCGAUGGUGAAAGGCCAUGCCAAAGCCUUGACCCAAGAUAAUGAACUAGGGCAAGAGAACUUCAAGCAAGUUGUGAGGGCUUCAACACACACAAUCUUGGCACACUGCGGGCUUGAGCACAAGAGGAAUGAAGUUCAUCCCUUGCCUCCUCCACCUGGUUGCUCGCAUCUUGACAGAAUCUUUGCUGGACAAGGUAGCAUAAUGAGAGGUUUUUGCUCAACUUGUUUUGAAUCAUUUGUGAGGGAUGUAGUGGUGAAAAUAUUGGAUUCAAGGGUGCCAAGGCUGCCACAAUGGCUUAGUCUUGGUUUAUAGGGCUUAGGGUAAGAAAAUUUUUUGAGUCAAAACUGUUCAUAGAUUCAGAAAAAAAGGUACAGACUUUUGAGCAUAGGGGCACUUUGCUCUGUAUGCUUAUUUGAUCCACCACCCAUUGUUUAAACAGAUCAGUCAUUGUUUAGAAUUGUUCUCUUUAGAUGUUGAGAGCCAGAUUAGUUUCUGCUGUCUAUUCUAUGCCUCACAUUCAUCAGGUGCCUCCUCUUGUUGCUUUCAGUUGGCCUUCUUUGCUAUAAUCUCUCGUUGGUUUUCAGCUUCCAAGGCUAAAGUGAGAUGGCAUGAUCCGAACCGUAAUACCAAAUAUAAACAAUGUUCGAAUCGAAUUGAUCCAAGGGUAGCACCCGUUUGACUUGGAAGGUUGUGGUCUAAUCUUUCCACCCUACAUUCCACGCAUGAUAUUUGUCACUUGUCAGCCGUAUUUAUUCGAUCCAACAUUGAACACAUGGCAGUUAUAUUAAAAUCUUAGGUCCUGA